GCGUAGCUGCGCGUUCCGUUCCGUUCGAAAUUUAAUUUGAUCAUCAUGGCCAUAAACCCACAAUACGAAGAAAUCGGUAAAGGAUUCGUAACCCAGUACUACGCGCUGUUCGACGAUUCGGCCCAGCGGCCCACCUUGGUGAACCUGUACAAUGCGGAGCUAUCGUUCAUGACGUUCGAAGGACAACAGAUACAGGGCGCAGCGAAGAUCCUCGAGAAGCUCCAGAACCUAACGUUUCAAAACAUAAAACGCGUCCUCACGGCUGUGGAUUCCCAGCCCAUGUUCGACGGUGGCGUGCUAAUCAAUGUGCUCGGAAGGUUGCAGUGCGAUGACGAUCCGCCCCAUGCCUACUCUCAGACUUUCGUGUUAAAGCCGCUCGGGGGAACGUUUUUCUGUGCGCACGAUAUUUUCCGGCUUAACAUUCAUAACUCCGCCUAAACGAACCGUAAUCUUGAGCAUGGGUUAAAAUGACACCAAAUGUUGAUGAACAAAUGUCUGA